UUCCUUUCUGCUUUGCAGUCGAACUUGAUACAGAGCAGUUUCACUCACAGUGCUAUGGUGAGCUUCCCAGCAAGCAUUGUUUGAAAGGGUUUGCUUUGAAAGUGGUAAAUGAAGUAUUUGGAUAUAUCAGGAAGCGUUUUGUGAAACACAUGGGAGACUCGUUAUUUGUGCGUUCUCGCUGUAGAAGAAUCCACCUUUCUCUUGGUGUUUUCUGGAUAAAAACAGCUGAUGUAAUUGGAUUUAUCUCUGAAUAGGAUCUGUGCUGAUCGUUCUCGCUCCUGGAAUCCUUGUGGCUCUAGUUAUGUAUUCGUGGAAGAUUGCAUCACUUAAAAAAUUAUAACACUUUGAAAUUUUAGUGAAUGAUUAGAUAUGCAAUUUUUUAUGAAAAAUUUGGUUGAUAAAUCCAGGGAUCAAAGUGUCUGCAACUGCAUUUUGAUAUUUAUUCAGUAAGAUUUUGUCGAAUUCUUUUAAAUAACGAGUACUGCAUAAAACAUAGAUGCCGGAAUUUUGUGUAGGCAGAAAAAGAAAUGGCUGAUUUCAUGUCUACAAGAAAACUGGGUCCUAUUUCUUUACGAGAGUAUUUUGCAUUUAUGGAAGAACUUAGAAAAUUGUCUUCCUUACUUUCUGUUUUAAAUUAUUUCAACACAACGCCAAGUUGAAUUUUGUGUUCUAACCGUAAGAGUGUACCUGUGUACCUUUGUUUUGUUGACUGCAAAGACUUCCUUACUUUGCUGAAGAUUGAUAACUGUGAAAAUGUUCAGAAACUAUAUGGAUUAUAAAGGCUAUUUCAACUAUAUCAUAUAAUCUACUUUUCGUAUGGAAUAGCACAAGAUCCAAUUGUAAAAAACCAUUGAAAGAAAACGUAAGAAGAUGGAAGGAUAUCGUCAUCAGGGUCGACCUCUGUACGUAAGACCAACAACUGAAGCUUACGCUUACCAGAACCUGUAUGGAACUGUUCGAGGACAUCCAGCAGGAAAAGUUAGACCUUCGCUGGACCUUGAUCCUGUACCAUCUAGUGCGAGGAGUAAAAAAUCUUUCAACUUCCUACCUUGGAAAAAAAGCAAGAGUAAAACUGACGAAUCUCUGCCUACGGGGCAUGGAACUUUAUCUAGGCAUAAUAAGUAUAAAUUUGGAUCUGUGUCUGCAUUAUCUUCUGCUGGACUUUACAGAGAUUGGGAUUCAUCAUUAUCUUAUACACCAUCUUAUUCAGCAUCAGAUCUGAAGCACGCAUCUGUCAGAAGUGUAGAUCCCAGAGUAAGAGGCCUCGUAAAAUAUCCUUGGGAAACAUACAAUGGUAAUAAUAAUAACAAUGAUGUGGAAGCAAAAAAUUGUAAAAACAAUCGCCUCAGUAAAAUACAUAGCAAUAAAAGACAAGAUAAUGAUUUUGUAGAUAAAUCACCGAGCACAAUUUCUCUUGAUGAUACGCCGUCUUUCAGCCCCUCUGUAUGUAAGUGUCAAAAGAAAAAGUCGGGCCCUUUUGGAACUUUAAACUUAAACUCACUGAAAUCAACCAAAUGUAACUGUGGAUUUUCUAGUGUUAGGUCUACAAGAGGAUUUGCACCACCACCUCCAUCAAGGAGAAGGUCUAUACUUCCAGAAAAAGUAGACCUUUAUGCCGUCCAUGAAGAAGCUCAACCGACUUCCAAUUUUAAUGGCAAUCGACGCAAACAAGAAAAUAUAUAUGAUACAUUGAGCAAGCAUAGUAAAAAUCGAGCUCCAGCUCCACCUUCACCUCAAGUAAUAAGUUAUGCCCCGAUUUCUUCUCCUCAGUCCAAAUUCUCGAAGUCCUUAGAAAAGUGUAAGAAAGAUCCUUAUAGUUCUAUCGCAUCUAGGAAAUCUAUUCUAGAAUGUGAUGUAACUGCAUAUGAUUUAGUAAAAAGUUACCUUAAGGAUGAUUCUUCUAAUGCCAUCGACAGUGAUCUAGAUGAUGAUUUAAGCGACAAUGUUAUUGAAGCAAAGCGCGAUAAUGAAAAGGAAUCUGCGAAUGGAUCCCAAAAGAGUAAAAGAGACUUGCUUCAUGUUAUGGACAAAUCAUACAAAGACAGUUCAAAUAAAUCUCCAAGCCCUGUGAGUUCAGAAAGUGAAAGCGGAAUUUAUUCCCAGGCAUCCAGCAUUCGAAUUGGUGGACAUGGAAUGAAGAUUUUUCAGCCGACGGAAGGUCUUGGCGAAUCUCAGUCAUCAUCUGUGUACUCAGACGGUUCCAAAACUAACUCUGUUGACUCAAGAACCAGUAGCUGGAGCAACAGUUCGCUCUCUGAUGAUGGCAUAUAUUCACUCCCUGAACCAGAUUAUGAUGAUGAUAGAGAUCUUAAUGAUUCUGAUUCAGUUCUCAGAUUUAACGAUGACAUCUAUUCAACCCUUACGUCUUCAUCUUCCCCGUCAUUAAAGAAAUAUUCCAGUGGAGGUUGUCUGGAUAAAACUGCUAACACGCUCACAAGUCAAGAACUUCGUGGUAGCAGUGAAUCUCCAAGAUUUCCAAAUGUCCGCAAAGCAACUUCAAUGGUUUCCUUAAUUUCAAAUCAUGGAAGCGAGGACGGAACACUUAGGAGUCGUGGAAAGACGUCUCGUGAUCUUGAACAUUCAACAACUCCAACAUCCGUGCCGCCGCCACCACCUCCCCCGCCACCGCCUCCACUACCACCACCUAAUUUUUCUGUACGAAAAUCAGUACCAGAAAAUGAACCUCAGAAUCUAAACGUUGAAUCAGAUGCCCCAACUAAAAUCCAGAGCAAGAAAUUUUCUGGGAAUAACAUUAGUUCUUGUAUAGCCUCAGAACUUACCGAAAAAUUAAAAAGUAAUCAACCUAUAUUGAAGAAAAAUGAAAUCAAACCCAAGCAGCCACUGAAAGUGAAUUCACAUAAUCCUUAUGCAGAAGUGAAAUCAAUUCUAAAAAAGACGGGUGAGAACUUAACUUCCUCAAAUAGUAAUAACUCGAACUCUCCAUCCAGUUCAAAACAGAUCUUGUCUAUCCAAGAUGUGCAAGAUACUAAGAAGAAGAAGAGAGUACAGUUUAAGUCUCUUAGCAAUGAAUCCUUAGCUGUCGAACACAUUCAACAUCAAACUCUCUCCUCUUCUGAUGAAGAGUGGGAAGAGGCAAGGGAGAAUUUUAGCAGUGAUUCAAUGCAAAAACCUUCAGUAAAACCUAAUUCAUCUGACUCCGAAUUAAGGAAGAAGAAUGAUGAAGAUUUUCAAACAGUUGAAGAGUAUUUAAAUGCUCAGAAAGAAGAAAUUUCUUCGAAUUCUAAAGCGAGCCCGAGCAAAACUAGUGGUGAAAAGGCAGAGGGAAAAAGUACUUCCAAAACGCCUACUAUUCCUAGACCCACGCAGCCCCCUCCACCACCUCCAAACAUUCGAAAAAGUCCUGCGAAAGCUCCGCCACCCCCAAGACCCCUCAGCGCAACCCCCAAGAGCUUUUCUCACUGUGAUCUCAGAGUUUCAACCUCGAGCCGGCCUCCAGGUAAAGACCCAUCACGAAUGCCAGGUCUGGUCAAAAUAACAUCAAGAGAUCCAUCCAAGCCUGGUCAAGUAUCCCUCACUUCACUUAAAGGAAAACCAAGAGUGAGUGGAGGAACAGUAUCUACAGUCACAGAUUCUUCUCAUUCUCUCAAAAGGGAAAAUGUGUCAACGCUUCCAAAAAACGGGGUGUCUUCCCCCGCCGCUAGUCUCGAGGCCACCACCUCUCCGCGGGGGAAGUCCUUCACAGACUCUGGUGACCACUCUACUUCUGAAACACAUCUGAAUGCAAAUGAUUCGAACUCUGAUGAUAUUUAUCAAGAUACUGCAAUAGAUAUCGCAACACUUCAAGAUGAUAGUUCCUCAGAAUCUUCAUAUAUGUCGUUGACAAUGGAUGAAAACUUAAAUAAUGAAACUCUGAAGAUUAUCGAUACUACUAGCACCGUUUCUGGGGAAACUCAGAAGUCUGACAGCAUUUCAAAUAUGUUAGGAAAUGACCGAAUAGUAAAAAAAUCAUUAAAUAUUUCACCAUCUAUUACCUGUACAAUAAUCACAAAUGUUGCUGCUGAUAUUCCCAAUUCUAAUUUAUUGAAACUUGAACAAUGGCAAUCUCAAGAAUGUUCCUUAAGUCCUCAAGUGGAGCUGGAUCAUAAGAACCCAGAGUGUUUGUCAUCAGAGGAAGAAGAUAUUUCUGCCGAAAUCGAAGGUCCUGUGUACAGCAAACUGUUAUACGUUCCCCAGAAGUCUCCAUCUCCUCCCCCACUACCAAGUAGUUUACCUCCUUUACCACCUAAGAGGUCUCCUCAAACUACCCUAACCACUGUAAAUGUGCCUCGGGAUUUAAAAAGUAACAACCUUUCUGAAUGGACGCAUGGUUACCCAAAUAAAGUUGAGGAUGACAACUAUGAUACACUGCCUGCACGAGAUACAUCAAACUCGUCGGAGAUUGACUGUCAAAUCAUUUAUGAGAGCAGAAGGUACAGUGAUACAGGGGCUACAGUCGUAACUAUAUCCAGUGGUGCAGAAGACACGGCUUCAGAACACAUAUAUUCAUCCUUAAACUCUGAAGCUAUUUACGAAGAGCUGCCUGAUUGGUCUAAAAACAAUACUGAGGACACAGUGUCUUUUAAUCCAUUUGGACGACACAGAGGUUCUUUCUUUGAGGGCGCUUCUAAAGCUGAAAUACUGAAAUUCUUAGAAGGUGCGAAAGAGAGAGUCGUUGAUCAUCUUGAAGACGAUAUUUUGGAUGAUGAUGAUGAGGAAAUUCCUCAGACCAAAACGGUUCGAAACAAUCCAAUCCGGAUUAGCAACAUCAGCAGUUCUAGUGACUCCAGCACAAUUAGUAGUAGCAGUGGAAUCAGUCAUGAUGGAAACUCCAGCGAUGAUUUAACAUCUAUUAAGAAUGGUCGUCCUUUCGGCAACGUCGAAGUUGAAAGAGCGGACAGCGGCGUGGGCAGUGAGACCAGUAAACCGACCAUUUCGCGGAGGCACAAGCCAGACGUGGAGGAAAUGUGCGCGGACUGCGAUCAGCAACUAGAAACCGGCACCUCCGAUGAAGUGAGCUGCUGCCCUCUGGUGUGCAAGAAGUGCGAUAAAAAACGAUCCGAAAGGAAAGAGAUAGUGACAGAAAUUGUGGAAACUGAGUUUAAAUACGGAAAAGACCUUAUGAUUAUUAAAGAGGAGUUCAAAGGGCCAAUGGAAGUGGCAGGUCUCCUGACGAAAGAUCAGCUUAGUGGAAUUUUUCUAAAUUUGGAUGAGCUAAUUUUAGUAAAUGGGCAGUUUGCAGAAAAACUUAAAGAUGCUAUUGAUAUUGCAACAGAGCAAGGAGAUGAAGAUUACACUACUGUAAAUAUCGGAAAGAUCUUUCUGGAGACUACAACAAUGCUUCGAGCUUUUGAAGUUUAUUGCAUUAGACAGGGUUCGGCUUCCGUGCUUCUAACGAACCUUGAGAAGGAAAAGGAACUCUUGAGGAUCUUUCUGAGAGUUUCGCAGAUGGAAAACACUCUUCUCAGGAGAAUGAACCUUUCUGCUUUCCUUAUGGUUCCAGUACAACGCGUCACCAAGUAUCCUCUGCUCUUGAACAGACUCUACAAGGUGACUCCAUACCAUCACAAAGACAGAGAAGCACUUCGAGAAGCGCAGCUGAAAAUCGAACUGCACCUCGAGCAAAUCAAUCAGCAAACCAAGGGAAUUACAGGAACGAAAAUCUGGAGGAGGAUAUCGAAUAUUUCUGCUGCUCAUCGGCGACCAGCCAACAGCAUCUCCGAUAUUGGUAGCAUUCAACUCAGAAAGAUGGCAAUGGAAGUACUCGAAUGGAGUAAAGAAGAUAUCCGCUUUGUCAUGGCCGGAAAACUGGCAUUCAGUGGCACAAUCGAUUUCACUAAGUCGAGGAGAGGUCGUGCCAUCAAGUUCACGCCCAGCCAUGCCUUGCUUGCUACCAAAGGAAAGCCCAACAAUAACUAUAGGCCUGACUUAGCGCAAGAAAAUAGCAUCCUCUUUCCCAGAAAUACAGGAAUCCAGGAUGCCACGCUUUUGCUGAUGAAGGAGAAAAACGGCAGAUACAGCCUAGCGAGGGAUCCACUGCAUCUGGGAAGCUGCGUUAUAAGUGCAGAAAUGGAGGAUGAAGAUAUCAUCGAAAUACAAGAGUAUACGACAAAAGAAUCCAUCUUCCUUAAAGCUGAAUGCAGGAGUGAUACCUUAGAAUGGCUGAAACAGCUGAGGUACCAUGCCAAAGACCUUGGAACCUGGAAACGUAGAAGGAAUGCACUCGCAAAUAUCAUGAUAAAUGGCAUGAUCAGGCAGCAGUGAAAAAAAACCUCGGACUAUAUCAGAACCUAUUGAUGGCAAAAUGGCAAAACAUUUCAUCUGUAACCUUUGACAUCAUCAUCAUCCAUUAACGCAGCCUAGAAAAAUUGUUUUUAAAGCUGUGUGUUUGGAACUGGACCAAACUUGAACAACCAAAUGUUCUAGCUGUGCAUUAAACUUCAAUAAUAACACAGUCAUCAACACUGAAAUUAACAUUAAUGUUAAUACUUACUUUUACAUAAGUUUAUUUUAAUUGUGGAAAGCAUAGCAUUCAAACAACUAACCUUCCAAAAUGCUAAAACUAAGGCAUUUACAGAGACUGAAAUUAGUAUAUCAAAUUUUAAAAGAAAUUCAGAUUUGAAGCAGCGAAAGAAAUUACAAUAUGAGUCUAAUCUAUUUAUGUUGCGAAUCUAAAAUAUGACUUCAUUAGUUCAUAACAUAGUUUAGAUUACUUCAUAAUAAAUGGUCGUGAUGAACACAUCCUUUAUUUUCUAUUUAAAGAGAAAGCAAUUUUGAUUGCAUCACUUAUCUCUAAGAAAGAAAGGUAUAUUGAAAGGUCAUAGAUGUUCUUGAAAUAAUGCGAACUACUUAAUCUAGAACAUAAUUUUGACAGAUUUGCCAUUUUGUUAUAAUGUUCAAUGACUGUUUAUUUUCAUACGUUCAUUUCAUGUGUACAUAGUUCAUAUAAUAGUUCAUAUAAACUUUAUUCUCUGCCAUGUUCCUCUGUGAGGAAAUUGUUAUCGUGUAAUACUUUGUAGAUAGUGCAAUCUAACUUCAUUCAAGGCAAAUCAACUUAAACUAUGAAAACUUUAGUUUAAUUUUGUUGAACAAGCGCUUGAUGUUAAAUUUUGAUAAGCUGUUGUAGUGUUUCCUAAUUGGUUACGGGGUCAGUAUAUUUAAUUGCUACAUGCAUGUCCUCAACUAUAAUCAAGCUAAAGGGCAAAUCCUAAGCAUUUUAUGAAUGGUUGAAAUCAUUAUAAAAAUUUCUAAAUUCAGAAGCCCGUAAAUAACCUCGGAAUAAUUUUGAAUCCAAAAGGGAAAUAGUUAACUUUCUUACCACAGCAGUAAUGUAUUUUAAAUCAGUUUCUAAAAACUAUAAAAUAGUAUACUAGUUCCUUCCUUAUGCAUACUUAGAAUGCACGUGCGGAAAAGUGUUUAACUUUUAUCUAAAAUUAAUAUGCACCUUCUGAUCUGAUUCAAUAAAAAAUUAAAUUUUUCUUUGAAUACCUGAAACUUCUUUUUCUCUAUCAAAUGAAUCAGUGUGAAAUUGUAUGUGCAAAAACUGUGGUUAAGAGGAAUAAUGUGAAGUUGUUUCCAAAUGCUUCAUAGGGAAUACCGUCGAAUCUAGUCUGUGAUUUUAAACGACGGAGUGGUAACAAACACGAAAUUGAUAUAUUAAUCAAAUGUUUGCAUUUAUAAAGUUUAAAAUGGGAAAUAAAAACUGCUAACAAAA